UCUCGCAUGCCAGUGGGUUUAGUCCUUCUGCAUCAUUCAUAACCAAAUCAUCAUGUCGAUAUGUCUGUAGGCCACAUCGUGGUAAUAUGUAUUGCUAUCGUAAUCUUAAUAGGAUGGCUCUUCGAAUGGUGUGUUCACUUUAUGGCCCUCAUAUAUGGAAAAUGGAACCUUCACCACAUGAACGAGCCCUUGUCACCUGAAGACAUUGUAGGGGUCAGCAUCAUUAAACCACUGACGGGUGUUGAUCCAAACCUGAAAAUCAAUCUCGAAACUUUCUUUACAAUGAAAUAUCCUUUGUAUGAACUACUAUUUUCAGUAGAAAAUGAUAACGAUCCAGCCAUUUUAGUUGUCAAAAGUCUAAUUGAAAGCUAUCCAAACGUAGAUGCCAAACUAUUUAUAGGCAGUCGUUAUGUGGGACCAAAUGGAAAGAUUAACAACAUGAUUAAGCCUUAUGAAGCGUCCAAGCAUGACAUAGUUCUCGUAUCUGACAGUUCUAUCAAGAUGAAGGAAAACACACUGAUGCAGAUGAUGACAUGUUUGAAACCUGACGUGGGAAUGGUACUACAGAUGCCCUUUUGUGAAAACAGAAAAGGAUUUGCUUCUAUUUAUGAAAAGGUUUACUUUGGAACAAUGCAAGCACGGAAUUGUCUAUCUGCCAACCUUGUGGGAAUUAACUGUUCUACAGGAAUGUCAUGUCUCAUGAGAAAGGAUAUUUUAGACCAAGCUGGUGGAAUGGCAACUUUUGGAAAAUAUCUGGCAGAGGAUUACUUUUUUGCAGAAGUUUUUAGAAAAAAUAAUUACAGAGUAGUGCUAUGUGCACUUCCAGCCUUGCAGAAUUCUGGAUCAGCUAAUAUAAAAGAUUUCAACCAGAGACUUGUAAGGUGGUGUAAGCUGCGGUUUGCGAUGCUGCCUCACUUGAUGUUUCUGGAGCCGAUAUCCGAGUGUAUAAUCAUGGGCGUAUGUGCGGCAUUGGCGUUCCAGUAUCUCUUCGACUUCAGCCCCCUCGCCUUCUUCCUCCUUCACGUGCUCGUCUGGUUUCUGCUCGACUAUUUACUCAUCUCGAUGUGUGAGGGAGGACCAUUCCAUAUUACUAAAUUUGAAUUUUUGGCAGCAUGGCUUCUACGAGAGUUUCUUGUUUUCUAUGUGUUUUUUCAAAGUCAAAAAUCUUCGCUGAUAACUUGGCGGAAUAAACACUACAGAUUGCAAUGGGGAGGGUUAGUGGAGGAGGUGUACAGGGAGCAUUCAGCAGUUUGAGUGUCCGGGCAUAAUCACAAUAUCAACAAGUUCCAUUCAGCAGUUUGAGUGUCAGGGCAUAAUUACACAAUAUCAACAAGUUCCAUUCAGCAGUUUGAGUGUUAGGGCGUAAUCACAAUAUCAACAAGUUCCAUUCAGCAGUUUGAAUGUCAGGGCAUAAUCACAAUAUCAACAAGUUCCAUUUUACAGUUUGACUUUACAUUAUUAACUGAGGAGUUAAAAUUAGGAUGUUGACAAGAUCCUUUCAUCAGACAUACGGUAAACAGAAUAUGAACAAGCUCCAUUCAGCAGUUUGACUUUAUGUUAUUACCCGAGGAGUUAAAAUUAAGAUGUCAACCAGAUCCUUCAUCAGACAUAAUUAGAAUAUCAACAAGCUCUAUUUGUCAGAUAGUAUUAUAUCAACAAACUCCUUUUAGCCGAUGCAAUUAGCUCCAUUUAAGAGAUAUAAUAGAGAUGUCAGCAAACUCCAUUCCAGACAUAAUUAGGAUGUCAGCAAACUAGAUCAGAAGACAUAAUUAGGAUAUUGGCAAGCUGCAUUCAGAAGUGCAUCUCUUGUUAUGACUCCACAGUUAUUUUAAUUAGGAUAUUGAGGCUUUAUGAGUUUGGAAUGACUUUUUGAUGCUAGUCUGAAUAUCUAUAAUGACAAUCACUUGUUUUAUAUUGUAUUGGGAUUAUUAGUUACUGUUUAAUAAGCCCAGUCUUAUUUAUUUUACACUAUUUAUAUUAUGAAAGAAGUCAUAAUGACUCGUCUAAUUCCUAUGACCUUCUUACUUCAGUUGUUUAAAACUUAUUGAAUAUAAGGCCAUUCAUUUAAAUUAAAUCGGUUGACUUUAAACUAAAACAAAUAUGAUUGAAUAGGCUUUUUCCUCCUUCACUAUGUAUCUGACCUACAUUUAAACAUUCCAUGGAUAACAGUGGGUGUUUAGCCAUAUCUGUGAAGUUGUGAUAUAUAUUGCUCGGCAUCUUGGAUGUUAUUGAAAAUGUUUGCCCAUAUUUUUAAAAAACUGUCUUAGGGCUAAGAUAUUGUAAAACUGUCAUAGACUAUCGCUAUCAGUCAUACAUUAACUAAAUAGUUAUAUAUUUAUUAUUAUUAUUAUUAUUAUACAACUUCGAUCAUUCCAUUAAUAUUUAACAGGUUUACUGAUCUCUGGUGUGUAUUUGUUAAUGUUUUAAUACAUCUGGGCUGACAUGUUUUUUUUUUUUAGCAGUGAGGUGUUACAAAAUACACUUGAUAAAAAUCUGAAUUAUUGUAAAAACAAUUUGAGAUCUACUGAAUCAUUAGCUCCAAAUGAACUAUUGUGACGUGCUGUCCAUCAAUCUAAACAUAUGUACAUUUGUCCAGUUACAUAAAAUUACUUUGAGCUGUAACAUUUGACUGUGGAUGGAAAUGGGUGGGACAGUUGCUAAUCUCCAACUCUCGGAGCCUAAAUUCAAACACAAAAAGUGGUAAAGUGUUUCUGAAUUGAAUGUAUGAAGCUUUGUGUCCAAUAUAGCACUAAGCUUUAAACAAACCACAGAAGUAUUAAGACAGUUAAACCUGAUUUGGGGUUCCUGUGUAGCUUUCUACACUCUUCAAAAUCCUUUGGGUGUUUCAGUAGAUGUCUAUACUUUAUAAAACUUAAUUGAAUCAAAACUUGCAAUUUGGUACAUACAUGUAUAUCUGGAAUAUGGUUCUUGGACAAAAAUGAAAUGGUCCUACAGAAUCCAGUUUGGUAUCUCACUGGUCUAUAGAGUUAUACUGAAUCUCACAUUCAUAUUGCAAUUUAUUUUGAAAAGUUGUGUUGAUUUCAUUCCAGUCAGGAAAUGGUUGUUGAAAGGAUAUUGUCUUCUCUUCACUGAAUGGUUGUAAAUGGUUGUUUCCGUCUCGUUAAUGAAUGGUUGAAGAAGUUAUAACACAUCAUAGCUCUUUUCAUAGAAUGGUUAGAGAAAUUGUCUUUUAUCCCUCCAUAACAGUUUAAUCAUUUAUACUGUCCGACCAUUUUUCAUUAAAUAAUUUGUACUGUUUGCUCUCUAAUGCUGAAUGGUUGAAGAAAUUGUACUGUGCCCCUUUUAUUCAGCGAAUGGUUGUGAAAAAUUAUACCGUCUCUCCCCUUGUUACUGAAUGGUUACAAUAGGGCAAGCUUUACAUGUAUGCAUUGACAGUUUACUGGUUAUCAUUGUUGAUGUUUGUUUUUGUAUUUGUGUUGAAUGUUCCCCCACACACAGUAUCUGAAUCCUAUAAAGCAACUUGUUUACAAGAGCUUCCCACUGACAGAGAAAUGACGAUUCUGUGUGUGGCUAUUUACAUGUAUAUCAAGCCAGUAUACUUUCUAAGUGACCCGGGUCUGUCGGCAUUCUUUGCAGCAAAACGUGCACAGUCACCCUGACUGGAAUAAUGAUGCGAUUCUGAAUACCAUUUGCUGUGUAUACAUUCAGAAACAUGAUCGAGGCAUGGUCAACAUAAACCCCUCAUGUCUGAUUGUUGUACAUGCAAGAUUUCAGCUUUGUGGAAAGUUUGGGAAUAAUGGCAGAUCAUGGGAACUAAAGGUGUUGCUGAGCUUGACAUGUUAUGCAUAACAUGCUGAUAUUGACAUUUUUUGUGUGAAACCUGUUUUCACAUUACUUAUGUUGUUUUUUCUGUCUUAAGUGACAAUGCUAACAGGGAACAUUUUGUUUGUGUCACAAUUCUCUAUAUUUCAGAGAUCACUACACAAUUUUAAAACAUUAAACAGUAGUUGCUAAUCAAUUUUCACUUGACUAAAAAUAUCGCUAAUCAAGAUUUUUAAAACAAAAUGUUCCCUGGCUAAUGAACUAAAAGUCAAAUGUUGUUGUCAAAUUGAUUUAUUUGUAUCGCGUCAGCUUUUGCAGUAUCACAAUAUACCUCUUAGUACCCAAUAUUAGAUGGGGAAUGGAAUUAUAAAGCAAGAUUGGCUAUUUUUAUUUUGGUGUCAUAUAUUGAAAUAUGCAGAUGUAUGUGUAUUUUAUAUAUAUAUAUAUAUAUAUAUAUAUAUAUGCAUAUAUGCAUAUAUAUGCAUAUAUAUUUAUUUCUAAGAAAUAAUUUUCAAAUGGAAUAAAAAUAUUACCAUAUCGUAAAUAUAACUUCUGUUUGUAAUUUUCUUUACUUGAAUCAGAAGUAUCUAUAUUAUUAUUGAUAAACGUUUCAUAUAUUUUUUGUUGAUCUACCUCAUCAGUACACGUACGUAAUAUGUUGAGGCUGUGAAAAUGUUUCAGAUUAUUCUUUUCUACAUCUGAUCCUUAUAAUUUAUUUACAUAAUUAAUUUCUUAAAACUUCUUUCUAUAACUACCUAAUUUUCUUCUUUCACGAAUAUCAUUUACAUCUUUCUUGUAUAUGGAUGUUAAAUGAUUUAGGCUUGAUAAUUAAUAUACUCAAUAAAACUGUCCUUUUCCUA